AUGGCUGGACAGCCCUCCGACGUGGGGACAACUAGCCUGGCUGGAGGGAGCCGGCAACUGGCCUCAAGCACAAGGAUUGGAGAUGGAGGCGACGUGUCCCGCGCAGGCAAAGCAAGCAGGAGUCCAACAGCGACAGAAAGACAGGGCUGGCCAUCUGGAAACAGCCCCACCGCAAAGCAAUUAAAGCUCAAAGAACUCAUCAAAUGUCCAAGGACAAGCAUGAAGGGCCGCUGGCCGCCUAAAGAGUGGCAGACAGGAGGCGAUGGAGCAGGCACACAGGACGAGCUGACCGGAGGUCCGGGGGGCGGCGUCGGCGGCCCCGGGGGCGGCCUAUACGGGGAGCUCCCGGAGGGCACCUCCAUCACGGUGGACUCCAAGCGCUUCUUCUUCGACGUGGGCUGCAACAAGUACGGGGUGUUUCUGCGUGUGAGCGAGGUGAAGCCGUCUUACCGCAACGCCAUCACCGUGCCCUUCAAGGCCUGGGGCAAGUUCGGAGGCGCCUUUUGCCGGUAUGCGGAUGAGAUGAAAGAAAUCCAGGAGCGUCAGAGGGAUAAGCUUUAUGAGCGCCGUGGUGGUGGCAGCGGCGGCGGCGACGAGUCCGAGGGUGAGGAGGUGGAUGAGGAUUGAAAUGGGCAGCUUCCCCUACUGGCCUCCCCUACCCCACCACCAUCCCCUUGGUUAGAAAGUUCCCUUUUCUGCUCACCUCCAGUGAGUUAGUGCGGAAGGGAACAAGGGAGGCUGCAAAGGGAGAAAGCAAAAUAAAAAAUAAUAUAGUUAAGAGAAAUAACCGUAAAAGAACAGUCACGGACAAUUAGAGAAAAGCAGUAAAGUUCCAAGGAACUGACAGCAACCUGCAAAGAGAGGACAACAGCGUCUCCUCACCCGCGCGAAAGUCUCAGCUUCUGUUGUUUCCCAACCGAGGUUCCUAAACCCAUCUGGAUAACCCUGGAAGGGAUAGAUCUUCAAACGUCUGGGCCCAAAACACGUCUGAGUCACCCAGACCCACCCAUUGAUAACAGUUAAGUUUGUGUUGUACCUGGGUAAUCUAAAGAUCUCUCCAGGCCUCACUAUUGCAGUGUCUAUCCCUUCACAUCCAUUGAAAUCAGCGUAUUGGAUCUAGAUCUUCAUGGAAUCCUUGAGAAGAAAGGCCUUUGCAUUUACCCAGUUCUGAGGGUACAGGUUUAUGAAAAGGAAUGCAACUUCACAUAAUCAUGGACAGGGCAAAAGAAUUAAAGAAGCCAUUGGAGAAUAUAGAAACAAAUUGGAUCCAUUUUUUAAAAAAUGGUUUUGCAUGGAACCUGGACCAAGGCCCAUGUCUUUUCUUUGCAGAAUUGUUUUCCGGGAUGCAGAUAAAUUCUGAUAUCAACGCUUGAACUAGAAUCCAUUACUAAAAUAGUUUAAAAGUUUGCAAAUUUUUUAAAAAUAAAAAUUUUACAUUGGGGAUUGCUGAGGUAGGCACAAGAAGUCAGGCAUAAAGCACAAGGCAAACUGUUUGAGUGGACUGGUUGCUGCUCACUAAAGUUCUUCCCUUGAUCUCUAAAUAUGGAGGUCAUUAUCAAGAAAUGGCUUAGGUAUGAAUGAGAGCCAGAUCCCUAUGGCUCCCAUAUGAGCCAGUGAAUUAUGGCUAAUUCGGCUGUUACAGCUACUGGUUGGCUGCAUUUUAAACCGUAAAACUUGACAAAUACCUGUUAAAGGAACAGUGUGGCUACAAGCCUGAGCUUUAAUGGAAUAUACAUCCUCACAGAAAAGUUGGAAAUAACCAAAACUGAAGUCUUAAUUUACCUUCAGUUUAAUCUGUGGAUUUGUUCGAUACUAAAGAUCCUCAGGUCCAGAAUUCCAGCAUCAUUUAUUUUAAAAUAAAAUUUUAAGAACUUGAUCCAUUGUAUCAGUACCUCACAAUCAAAGUUGGCAAAUGAUGGAUGAAUGAUUCAAGCAGUGCUCCCGGUGGAAGCUGAAAUUCAUCUGUGAAUGGAACUGAAGUGAACGUGAAUAAGCUGACUUUAUCCUGGAAGCAUUUUUAUACCAUCUUGAAAUUUCAACAAACUGGCUUUUGCCAGUUUAUCCAGCUGUCUUUCAAGAAUAAAAGUUGGGGUUUUCAAGGAUCGCCUCUUCUAUAUUUUAAAAGGAUUUUCAGUAGAAAUGAUUUUUACUAAUCAAGUUAAUCCCAACCCCAUCAAAAGGUAUUCCUAAAAGUGUCAUAGACCUAGGUAACUUUGAAUUGAAUGGGAGCUAAUGUUCUUUCCAAAGUUUUCAGGUAUUCUUUGUGUGACACCUUCUCAACCAGGAGGCAAGUAACCCCACCUCCACAAUCUUAGUAUUUUUUUUAACUGCAUGCCUGCCCUUUAUUUGAGCUGCCUUUUUAAUUUAUUGCAUAUCCUUUUUAUUAUCUUAUUUUGGUAUUAUUCAAUCUAUACAAUCUUUUUGUAUUUAUUGGGAAAUAAGUAAUAUACAAAAAGGUCGUUUCAUGUAUUUGUGGCUGAGAGGGAGGGAAAUAAUUGUGUAUAUAAAAUUAGGCUUUUUUAAAACAUAGACUAUGAUUCAGAAUAUUGUUGAUCUUAGAUUUAAAAAAAAAAAAAAGUGGAAGAGCCACAAACAUUGGUGCCCUUUUCAGACUAUUUCUCUACUCUCAUCAUCCACAGUAGAAUUUUUAAACAGAUUUUUUUAAAGCUUUUCUUUUAAAUUUUUCUCCGUUGCAAAGAAUGUUUCCUAAAUUGUAUGGGAGCAAUAGUAUUUUUGAUGUUUUAAUGACAUCCGUAUACUUGUACUGUAUUUUGUACUACAAGGCAGCUGUUUUCAAUAAUGUCCUGCUGUAUUUACCUAUGUGUUUUGAGUGUUCAUUUCUUUGCUUCGGAGAACAAAUUCCUAGUUUUAGUAAAGGAGCUAAGAAGCUAGCAUUAAGUUUGCAGAAACUUAAGUUUCAACUCUGAGGCAGCAAUGAAAAUUAAGGUUGCAGCUAUUAGUUGAUUGCUGUAACUUUUUCCUUUUCAAACCAUGUACAAUUCCUGUAUAGACCAACUUGUUUUCUUGCUUCAGUGGUGGUUCUGUUGCUCAGCUGCAGUGAGCCAGUUCAAUUUUGCAAAGGUGCAGUACCUCUCCUUUUCAAGGGGUUGGUUUAUUUUUUCUUUUCUUUUUGUUUGGCUGAAUUGCAGUAACUAGCCUUGCCUUUCUAUUCUGUAGAAAUGACAGGGUCUUCACAAUCCUUCACCAGUGGCUACUAAGCUAUAAUUAGCUGAAUAGAAAGAAUGUGGAAGUGGUCUGAGGCAUAUAGAGUAUAUGCCAAGAACACUACCAUAUAUGGCAUCAGCUUUGGUUACCAGAGAAAUUUUCUUAGUCAUUAGACCAUAUAACAGUAAUAUAUCAUAUGUAAAUCUUUAGAUAUCAAUUUGAGAAUCCUCCAAAAAAAGGAGCAAAGAAUGCAUAAGCUAUGUGUUGGCAAAAGUAAUUUAUAUUAAAAUUUUGACCUGCCUAUGUAAGAUUAAGUGAUAAAUGUCAUAGUGGUGGGUUUUUAAGUCUUAACCAAUCUCUAAGGUUUAUUUCUCCUGCAGGGGGUGGUUCAUGGCCUCUCUUCCCACUGUAGGAAGAUUGCAGAAGGAUGUGGAUUAAUUGUAGCAUUUCACUGAUCCUUAUUCCAGUGACUAGGGGCAAUAGAAAUCAGCAAAGUAUAGAGAUUCAUUCAUAAAUAUUAGCUUAUUGAGAGAAAUGGUCUUUGUUGGUUUCACUCAAAUAAUGGCAUUGUAUAAACUAUGGGAAACAACCAACUUUUUUGUUUUGUUAUUCAACUGCUAUUAUGAACUAUUUAGAAGUUGUGUUUUAAUCUGGCAAACAUCCCAGAUAAUCAAAAUAGUAUAUUCCUGAAAAGCAGGGAACUAAAACUCCUUUUAAAAUAAUUGGUGGAAGGUUUGUUUCUCAAACUACCAUUGCUACAGAGAUGAGAAUUCAACUUUUAGGAACAGAAUCAAGAGUAAAAAUCUGUGAAGAGAUCUUAUUACUCCUUUCUGGUUUCUAUUGUCCUUACCCAUCAUUUUAGCAAGUGGAACAGCAGUUCUAGUCAGCAAGUUUUUCAGUGCAUAUGCUGCACAAAUCAAAAUAUAAAUCUAUAUGGCACCAAAAAUCUUAAGUGAAAACCAAACCAAAAACCCAGACACCCUAUGUAACUGUUGGAGGCAUGUAGGUGGUAUAAAUGACUGUAGCUGUGAUACACACAUGGCUACUUGUCAUGUCACUUUCCAUAAUUAUUUACUGCAAAAUGAUUGAGAGGAUUUUGGUGCAGGCAGCCAUUAACCUGAUUCCUUUAUUACCUCUGGAUCACUGUGCAGUAAAUUGCAGGUCUUUUUAAGAGAUUCAAGCUUCGGUUUUCUCAAAACAAAACAAUUAUCCUGUCUUAUCUGAAAAUGCAGGGUUGUGGGCAAAAGAGGCUGGUUAUAAUAAUGCCCUCAUAUUGAGUGGUCUGUAAACGGCUGCACACUUCAGGCACUAGUUGCUGAGGAUGCUUUGUUAAAUGUGACCUUGACUGGCUUUACAGGGGUGUAGAAUGUAAUCUACACAAGAUGACUGUUUGCAUCUACCUUGUUGAAAUUAAGAAGCUGGAGUGUGUAAGCCAUGCACAUAAGUAUUCUUCACUGUAAAUUUUGUUUUCAUUUUUAACCCAAUUAUGGUACUUUGUCCAAUGCACAACUGAUCUCUCAGUAGAUAUUCAUUUGAAAAUAGUGUGGCCUUGAUCAGUAAGAAGGGGAAGGAGAGAAGUGACUUUUUUGCUUAUGUAGAAAUGACUUGUUUGCUAAGAGUUGUUAUUCUGUAGCACUCUUAGUAUAAUGUGUUUGAUCAGUCUCCUUUUUGAUUGAGGAACGUUAAUGUUUUUGACCCUGGAGUUAAUUCAAUUGAGUUUUCUUCUAUUUUUAGGAAGUAUCAGAAUUGCUCUGAUGAAUGACAAAGUUGACUGCUUUGAUGUCCAAUCUCAGGUUUUAGAAUUUAGUGGUGAAAAAAAUCCACUAUUAUUAAUUCUCAAAACAGUUUUAAUUUAGUGUACCCUAAAAAUUACAUGCAUAAGGCCUGUUCAGAGAGCAGAGCCUUCAUCUUUUUGCUCCUUUUCCACUUUGUAUAAUCACUUGAAAAAGUGUCAAGUGAUUUUGCAUUGUAUAUUUCCAUUUUAACCCUGACACAGUUCUCAAAGAUAAAGCACUUUUUGAUCAUGAAAUACAUGGAAUCCUUGUGUGAUGUGGAUCAUGGUUUCUCAGGCUCCCCUAGAUAAUCUGCUUAUGAAUAUUGUUCUGACUCUAUGUAAGAAGAGUAGAAAUCUUUGCUAGUGUUAGAAAGUUUGUAUUAUUGAUCCAGAAUGCAUUUUGCUAGUUUCCAAUGGAUGGGAGAGUAAAUAAUGCUGCAUUCACAAAUUAAUAAGUUACUUUCCCUUGAGCCUUAAGGUAACUCUUUCUUUUCUGUCAACAACAGCACUGAAGUUAUGGUAAAUGAAUGAGAUUAUCAGUUUUCAGGGUUAGUUUUAGAGUACUGUAAAUCAAUUAGCUGUCUUCCUAAAGAGUUAAAACUCCCAUUCAAUAUACUGAAUAAUGAGUAUAGGGGUGGGGCUGGGGAGGGGGGGGAGAUAGUUUGUAGAAAAGAAAAAAGAAAAAAAGAACCAUGUUUACCUUAAGAUAUAGACUCAAAAGAGAAAAAGUUCAUGUCAUAUGUCCCACUUGAAAUUCCAGAUAGUAAGGUGGAAAUGUGAAUUAUAACUUCAUUUCCCAUUUUUAACUUAGAAAAACAGACAUUAAUUUUCAAAUGUUAGCCCCGGAAGUUUCAAGAAAUAGCUAGACUGUUGAAUGGUGAGUUCUGUUGAUACAUCUGAUUUUGCUAUUUAAAGUCACCUUUCCCAGUCCUCAGUUUCAAAACCUAGUUUUUAUUACUAAUGGAUUUGACACAACUUUAACAAAUAUGAUCCAUUUGUCAGUACUGAAAAUUUGGAAACAGAAAAAUUGCAUCCCAAAGACCUAUACCCUAAUGAUUCCCAUUUGAUAUCUGUACCCCUGAUCUAAUAAGGCCUUUUUGAAUGUAUUUUAUAUUUUUGGAUGUAGGGAAUAUGCCAUCAAUGUAAUCACCUCUAUUCACAAUCUUUUGAAAAUCUAACUCAUGCCUCUUUAAUUAGACAUUCCAUUUGGGAUAGGUAGACCUAUAUUGAAUCAACAGCAAAUUCCAUAUUGAUGGUUUCACUUUUCAGUAGGACUUCUAAUAAAGUGAGAGCAGAGCUUAUUAGAAGCUAAAAACUAUCAUUUUUUUCCCAUAAGUAAUUCUAACAAAGUUUCAUGAAUUAUUUUAAUUAACAGAAAUUUUGAAUACGCAAGUUUUAUUUCCCUGUGUUGUAUCUAAUACCUAGUAACUUGGAUAAAAGGUGGCUGAUCAUACCUUUUUUUGUGUGCAAUGAAAUGUGGGUCCAGUGUACUAGAGAGAAAGUAAUAGACCUGUUUGGUGUCCACUAGCAUAAUACAGAAGGCAUGAGUUUAACUUUUUUUUUCCUACCUUCAAUAACUUUAAUGGCUGAGUCUUUCAAGAAAAAUUAGUUAGACCAUAUCAUAUUUCUUAAAGGCAAAAUGUUUUGUACACUGUGUUGCAAGAUCAGGCUGGUUAGUAAAAUCUUAAUAUUUGGAAAUAAAAUAGCAAGUGGUUUGUUUCUUCCCCCUUUAAAAUUUUUUUAACAAGCAAAAAUGUAGGAAGAGCCUCAAGAAAAUUAAAGAACAUAAUUAUGUCGCUAAAUGUGUUGUGUUGUAGGAAUUUGGGAGUUUCAUUUUAAACUGAUAUUAGGCAUAAGCCCUUUUCUCCCAGCCCACGUCUCCCCUGUGUACAAAAGUUCUCAGAAUUUCUAAAAGCCAAUAUAUAACAGCAAAAAUCUAGAAAGUGACUUUAAAUCAGUAUCAAUAUACAUUAUAGAGAGUCCAUGGUUUUGCACAUUUUGGUAGCAGGCAAGUUUAUUUGAAUUAUUUUUCAAUGACUUAUGUGAAUAGUAACUUAUCAACAGUGUAUUUGAACUUUUUUUUUCUGAAGUCUAGAAUAAUUUUAUUAGUUGGCAUUUAUUCUUCCUUUUGAACCUUCAUGCAAAUGUUUCCAAAAUCACUUUAUAAAAUCUCAUGUCUUCUGAUAUAGCUCCAGAUAACACACUUUCUGUUUAAUAGAAAUCUUCACUGCCAAUCAUGUCUACCAGUGACUUCCUUAGACUAGGCUCUUCACUCCAAAGCUGGGACUGGUGUCCUGCCAGUAGAGAAUCUACAGAAAUAAUUUGAAUGAUUUAAAACCAAAUCUUGAUAGCAGGAGACAGCUUCCUGAUCUAGAUGUACAAUUAAGAGUUUAGGUUGGAAAUUACUUUAAAAGGGUUUUUUUUGGGGGGGGAGGGGGAGGAUGUCUUCAGUCUCUGUAAAUACCAACAUGCUUAUUAUGCAUUGUAAACCAAGUGUGUAUGCCUAUGUAUAAAUUUGUAGAGCUGAUUUCUGCUUCAAGUGAAGCUGCACCUUUAAUUUUAUAAGGUCCCCUCCACCUGUAACCCUAAAUGUUUGUAAAUAGAACACUAAAAUUUGUAGUGAUAGGAUCAAUUUGGGAAUAUCUGCUGAGAGACCAAAAAGUUCAUUUUUUUAAGUACCUUGGUUAAAGAGUAAAGAUUAUUCCUCUUGCUUAUUUUUUAAAAGAAGAAUGCACUUUAACAAACAGAGCUGCAUGGGCAAUUCAAACAAAUCCGUGAAGUGCAGUACCCAUUCAGAAAUCACACUUCCUGAAAACCGUUCAAAAGCAGAGUCCAGACGGGCUGUUGAUCUCACUGCCUGUAGGUUGAAGCUCAGAUUCUGAUCAAUUUUUGAGACGAGCAGGGCUGCUUCAAAAGAGCAAUGUGAAUACAGCCAGAAGCUUCAGACAGGUCUGUAAAAUGGCGGGUCCCGUAUUUACCACUAACUAGCAAAACUGACAGAAAAAAACUCAUAGAGAAAAAAGUUUAAGAAUCCUUCCUGCUGGUGUGCACUCCUUACAAUAGCAGACUUUUGCAAAUGGAGUUUUACAGUCUAUAUUUAAAAAUUGUAUGUUUGUAACAAAUAAAGUAUGCAGAAAAGUGAAUGACAA